AUGAGGCCUGAGAACCAGAGCAGCGUGUCCAAGUUCCUCCUCCUGGGGCUCCCCAUCCGGCCAGAGCAGCAGGGCGUGUUCUUUGCCCUGUUCCUGGGCGUGUACCUGACCACGGUGCUGGGGAACCUGCUAAUCUUCCUGCUCAUCAGGCUGGACUCUCGUCUCCAUACCCCCAUGUACUUCUUCCUCAAACACUUGGCCCUCACUGACGUCUCCUUUUCAUCUGUCAGCAUCCCUAAGAUGCUGAUGGACGCGCACACUGAGUACGAAUCCAUCCCCUAUGCAGGGUGCAUAGCACAGAUGUAUUUUUUCAUAUUUUUUACUGACCUGGACAGCUUCCUUAUUACAUCAGUGGCAUAUGACCACUAUGUUGCUGUAUGUCACCCCCUUCACUACACCACCAUCAUGAGGGAGCAGCUGUGUGCCUUCCUACUGGCUGUGUCCUGGAUCCUCUCUGGUGCUAGCUCUCUUUCCCACACCCUCCUCCUGACCCAGACCAUGGAGAGAGCUAACCAAACCUGCAGUGUCUCUGAGUUCACCCUCCUGGGACUCUCCUCCCAGCCUGAGAACCAGAAGCCACUCUUUGCCCUAUUCUUCGUCAUGUACAUGGUCACCAUGGUGGGAAAUUUUCUUAUCAUCCUGGCCAUCCACUCUGACACUCAGCUCCAGACACCCAUGUAUUUUUUCCUUAGCAUUUUAUCUUUUGAUGUUUGCUACACAACAACCAUCGUUCCCAAGAUGCUGGUGAACUUUCUGUCAAAGAAGAAGUCCAUCUCCUAUGCUGAGUGUAUGACCCAGAUGUAUUUCUUCUUGGCUUUUGCCAACACAGAAAUUUACCUCCUGGCAGCCAUGGCCAUUGACCGCUGUGUGGCCAUCUGUGACCCCUUCCACUAUGUCACUACCAUGAGCUACUGCCCUUGUGUCCUACUGGUGGCCUUCUCCUGCUCCAUGUCUCACCUCCUCCUCUUACUGGUUCUCCUGAUAAAUCGUCUUCUCUUUCGUGACUCCAGUAUUAUCCACCACAUCCUCUGCGACAUCAACCCUCUGCUGAAAUUGUCCUGCUCCUCUACAUUUGUCAAUGAAAUUGUAAUUAACACAGAAGGACUGAUAACCUUGGUGACCCCCUUUAUGUGCGUUAUCAUCUCUUACCUACGAAUCUUCAUUGCUGUUCUUAAGAUCCCCUCAGCUGCUGGGAAACAUAAAGAUUUCUCUACCUGUGGCUCCUACCUCGCCAUGGUGACUCUCUUUUAUGGAAGCAUUAUUUAUGUUUAUUUCCGACCCCUGUCCUCCUAUACCAUCAAGGACCAAGUGGCAAUAGUCAUCUACACAGUUCUGUUCUCCAUGCUGAACCCUUUUUUCUACAGCCUGAAGAACAAAGACAUGAAGAGGGGACUGAGGAAGCUGAUGAGCAGGAGGGUGUCCUAG